AUCACUUCCCUCCAGCUUUCUACCGUUUUGCUUUCUUUACUGUGGCCUGCUCUUACCUAAAUUGCACAAAUCUUGGUCUCAGCGAAGGAUCUAGGCCCGAAACGUCAGCUUUCCUGCUCCUCUGAUGCUGCUUGACCUGCUGUGUACAUCCAGCUGCACACCGUGUUAUCUCAGAUUCUCCAGCAUCUGCAGUUCCGGUUAUCUCAGCGACUCUGCACCGCACUCGUGGAUGAUCACGUGGUUUUCACUGAUCCCGCCCUCCCUUCAUUCCGAUUGGGCGACAUCCGUCCGGUCAUGCACGGCACACCUGUGCUCCUAUUGGUCGCGCACUGACAUCAAUCAGCCAGACUUCACUGUGAGCUGGAGCAUGCGCAGUGCUUUGUGUUAUUGUCAGAAGCAAAUGAACGUCGUCGCAAUGUUGCAUUUUGAGACGAAUGAGACUGAAAACUGGAUCUGUCUUUUUACCUUCACAGAUGCUGCCAGACCUGCUGAGCUUUUCCAGCAACUUUGUUUUUGUUCCUGAUUGACAACAUCCCAGUUCUUUUGUUAUUUUUUAAUAAGUCGCGAUUGAAAAGGCUUCCUGCAGCUCAAAGCUAAAGAUACUCUUGAUACCGCUCUGUCAGCCAAUAGAGAAAUAGCGGUGAAAUAAGGGUAAUAAAUACAGGCCUAGCAGUCCUCAGGUCAGAUGUAAAGGGAAUAAUUAUGAAUAUGAAGAACAUCACGUGGUGAAGUGAGGUGAGUGUUGUUCAUAUGAACUGUGAUUGGGCAGAGAGGGAGGUUAAUCAAAAAAGAACAAGCAGAAAAGAGAUUCUCAAGAAAGGUCUGUGCAAUGGAAAGCAACGAGAAUAAGAAGAUAAAAGCCCAACACAAGAAAAAGUUUGAAGACCGCGGCUGCAGAAACUCCAACAAGUUGUUUCACUGCUCUACUGCCUAGUUAUUGACUUAAGCAGUAUAAUCCACAUUCAACUGUCGGAAAUAUGUUUGAAAUUCGACAUUGCUGUUUGUCCUUCCACUUGAGGAGGAGCAUUUGGAAUGACAGGAAGCAGCUGACAUCAGUGAUGUUUGGCUGGAAGUACAAGGUGAUGCAGGAAAACUGCAGGUUUGACGAUACUUCACCUUUCUCAUUCCUCAGACUCCAACCCACUUUGAUUCUGAAAGAUUUGACUGUUGUUUCCGGUCAGUCAGCUUGCCGAAGCAGUCAGAUUUCCGUCAUACUACUCAGAAUAAAAAUGGCAUCAGGAGAUGAGCUUCCAUCCCAUCUCACUGUCGAUACCUCCAACGUUCAAAUUCUUAACUCUGAGACCUCAAAAAGACUCGUCGAAAAUUUUGUAAUCGCUCUCAUGAACAAGGAGCGUUUCUACAUCCGCACAUUCUUUUCGACAUACAAAGCAUAUACCACUGCUGAAAGUGUGUUGUACAUCCUCCUGGACAACAGCGGAAACAAUGCUAACAUUCCGAGCUGUGAGGAGCUUGAAAAUCCAAUUCCUCCAGAGACAGUUGCAGAGAUCAGAAAGUAAGUAUUGAUCCAAUGUGUGAGGAAAUGAUGCUUUAAUCAGAAUACAACUAUGUGAGGGGCAACCGCUGGAGGCCGCCAUUUUCAGGAACAUUAUUUAGAGACUUUCUCCUGAAACUUAGCAGCAUCUGUGGAGAGAAAGCAGAGUGGGCAUUUUGAGUUGAGGUUCCCCUGUUCAGAUCUUCGCAUCUCUGAAGACGUGUCGCUUGGCUCAACUUGAACUCUGUUUUCUGUCUGUAGAUGCUGCAAAACCUGUUGAGUUUCUCCAGCAAUGUCUGCUUUUCUUUCAGCUUGUCGGCUUCUGUAGUUUGUUCUUUUACAUUAAAGAAACAGUUGGCUGUUGUUCUAAAAUUUGCUCUGUUCUUAGUGUUGUAAAAAGAAAUUUUAGAUGGAAGUUCGUGGUUCAUGCUGCAGGCCUUCUGCUGGAACUGAAACCUGGAGGCCUUGGCCGAUUCCAGCGGUGACCAAUAAAGAGAUUAUUGCCGGGUUACUCACCAGUUGACGGUUUGACUCAGUUUUGACAGCUGCUAGUCCAGUGAAAGGGAUGGCAGAUCAGCACCUUUCUCAGCCCGACUGUUAAUGCUGAUUGUCACUGAGGUUGUGUAAGUGGGCGCCAUCAGGAAAAUGAGGGAGGCAGUCCUUAGAUGUCAGGGAGAGCCCAGGUGAAAAAGAGAACUGGUCCAUGUCACAUAGCUUUGCAAUGUGUAGGUGGUAAACUCCCUCCCUGCCAUUUUCCUAAUCCUCCCACCUCCCAUUUAAUUGUCAGCGAAUGAUUGGCCAUGCAUUAACACACAGUCUUUAAUGGAAUAUUUCUUUUCCAAACAUUGGACUGUGCACUGCUGGUAAAUAUAUUGAAAAACUUGACUCUCUAACUCUGUUUGCAGUGUUAUUACAUGUCCCACCUCCCCGCAUCGCCCAAAAAAACCCCAGACCAUUGUGCUUUGAGAACUUGUGUGAAAGUGGAAUUUCCUUCUUCCUUGCAACUCCCCCAGCUUCUCUUCCAGACUCAACUCCUGUCACUUGCAAACCACCUGUUAGAGCUUGGAAGGGAAAAACAAAUCUUGAUCUAUUGUAGUUACAUACAUCAGAAAUGUUGCCUGUUUAACAAAUCCAGUUGAAUAGGACUUGAAAACUUGAGAGGGCUUGUCA